AUGCAAACUGAACGUAAACUUCUAAAUGAACCUCCUUAUGAUCUAACUCUCACAAUUGAAGAAUUAACAAAGCCUGCCAAUAAGAAACGCGAUAACUCUGAUUAUCCACCACGACCACAAAACAGUUGGAUCAUUUUUCGGAAAGAUUAUGAAGCAAGCUUACAUUAUUGCAGUCCUAACGUCAGACAAGAAGUCAAACGUACGACUCAAGAGUGUAGCCUGAUGUGGCGACAGCUGUCAAGUGAGGUCAAGCAUUACUUCAAAAUAUUGGAGAAAAUAGCUUGUGAGAAUCAUAAGCGCAUAUAUCCUAAUUAUAAGUAUAAACCAAGAAACGCGAAAGAUUCAAACAUUAAGAAAUGGGUUUUUCGCGAACAAAAGAAAUACAUGCUACCCAUGUCCAGCUCAAUGAGUGACAAUUUAUCACAAGAAAUCGUUAGAUCUCCCUCUUUGAAUGAUAUAAUAUUAACAACCAAAUAUAAUCAUACCAUUAUCACCGCUUCAACAAUCAUUGAUGAUACUCAUCCUUCCACAAGCAAUACUAAUAAUGAUGCCGGAAAUUCGGUCAACAACGCGUCCAAUGAAAUAACUUUAUUGGAUCAAUUUCUUUUAUCUAGAAAUGUUGAGAUUAACGUUAAUAAUGCGGAUUCAGCAACCAUUGAUGAUACAUAUCUUUCCACGAUCAAUACUAGUAAUGAUGUCGGAAAUUCGUUUAACAACGCGUUUAAUGAAAUAAUUUCAUUGGAUCAAUUUCCUUUUUUAUCCGAUACAACCAUUGAUGAUAUUCAUCCUUCCACGAUCAAUACCGAAACUAAUAAUGACGUCAGAAAUUCGGUCAACGACAUGUCUAAUGAAAUAAUUUCAUUAGAUCAAUUUCCUUUUUUACCUGGAAAUGUUGAUAUUAACGACGAAUUUUCUAUCGCUAUUAAUACCUCGAUCGACGACAAUUCACAACCAAACCAAAUUCGUCACCAACCACUAAUAUCAUUACCUUCGUUGAUCAAUGCUAAUUCCCCAGCCCUACCUUCUACAAACAACGACGAUUCUUUGUUAAUUAACACCGGUGAAAUCGAUAAUGACAUAUGGGAAAUAAUUGCAAAGUAUUAUGUACUCGAUGAUAUGAAUGAUAUCGGAGACAUUAGCAAUAGUUUAAUAUAG